AUGCUGUUGAACUUCCUCACGCUAUGUCUGUGCUAUACCGUACAGAUAGCGGCACUGCCAACACGCAGACAAGCUCAGAGUGAUAGCCAGUAUAAGCGUCUAAUCGUUUUCGGCGACAGCUUCUCAGAGAACGGCAGCGGAGCAUGGCUCGUCAGUAACGAGACCUGGCCAGCAGAUCCAGCCUACUACAAUCACACCUUCUCCAACGGCCCCGUCUGGGCCACAACCCUCGCCCGCACCCUAGGCAACAUCCCCCUCCUCGACUACGCAACCGGCGGUGCAACCGCCGACAACAGCUUCAUAACGGGCUACACCGGCCCCGAAAGCACCAUCGAAGUGCCCUCAGCCUACGACCAAGUACAGCAUUUCCUCAGCGACUCUUCGCCCCAAGAGAGAGAUCUCUUCGUGCACUGGAUAGGAGCCAACGAUGCGUUCUUCGACACGAACGUCACUGGCGCAUCCAUCACCAGCUUGAUCAACAGGAAUUUGGAUCUCCUAUAUCGUGCUGGCGCCAAGACGAUUCUGUUUGGAAAUUAUCCGCCGGUCACUCAGUUUCCUGCGAUAUUUGGAAUGUCGGGUUACGAGUUUGCGGAGGCGUAUGCGGACUCUUUGACCACUGGGUUGGAGAAUAUCGUUGCUGGGUAUGGCGCCUACAUGAAGCUCGGUCUGGUCGAUGUCGAUGCUUUCUUCGCGAAUGUCUUCGCUGACCCGGAGAGUUAUGGGAUCGAUAGGAAGUAUGUGGAUCCGCCGACUGCAUGUCUGCAAGGUUCAUAUGCGAACCAGGGCGUCCCGAGGAGUCUGUGUGAUGAUCCGGAGCGGCAUCUGUUCUUCGAUCCUUAUCAUCCGGUCACGACAGUGCACAGCAGGGUUGCCGGGCUGUUUGAGCAAGGUCUUGAUCAGCUAUAG